AUGCUGCAAGGAACAUCCCAGCCGCCCUCUGCCCGAGGCUCUGCACGGACGGAACCCUCGUCCGCGAGCUUUGAAAUAGUUACUUACGUCUGCGCCCACCAUGUCACAAACACAACGCAGCAAGACGCCGGAGGCAACAUGGCACAGGAUCCUGUAGAAACAGGCGAGAAGCAAGACACGGAGCAGGCUGCCCCCAAGAAGCUGCCCAAGGGCGUUGUGCUCGGUCCCGAUGGCAAACCAUGCCGCACAUGUACCGAUGUCGCGUCCUGGUUCGCCAUGACAGGCAACAAGCCUAAGAAGGCUGCGAAGCCCACAGAUACCACCACAGCCGCCGCCGCCGCAGCUCCAGCGCUCCCAUCAGACUGCCCUCCUGAUGUCGAGGCUCUCGGGCGCAGCUCGUGGACACUUCUACACAGCAUCACCGCUACCUACCCCACGCAACCCUCGCAGCAACUACAGUCCGAGACCAAGUCUUUUCUCUCUACAUUCGGCAAGCUCUACCCAUGCUGGGUCUGCGCAGAGGACUUCCAGAGCUGGAUGACCAAGAAUACACCGAGAGUUUCUAGCAGAAGCGAGUUUGGCACAUGGAUGUGUGAAGCACAUAAUGCGGUGAACCAGAAGUUGGGCAAAGAUACUUUUGACUGCACGAAGUGGGAAGAGCGAUGGAGGACAGGAUGGAAGGACGGGCGCUGCGAUCCCGAGCAAGAGAAGCGCUACACCAUGUACGAUACAGACGGCUGA